AUGAACCCAUUCAGGCUACUGGGCGAUGCGUCGCACUUGGCGAGCAUUUUGGUGUUGAUAAGUACCAUCCAGCGGACUCAGGCGAUUGAUGGGAUAUCGCUGAAGACACAGGUACUAUAUUUCGUCGUGUUCGUGACGCGGUACCUGGACUUGUUCACCAAAUGGCGGUCGCUCUACAACACGUUGAUGAAGGUGUUCUUCAUCAGCUCGUCGCUGUACGUGAUUGUGCAGCUGAAGCAGGCGCGCCACAAGCAAGUGGUGGGAUACCAGAACAUGGUGAUGCGGGACACCUUUAAAAUCAGGUACCUGGUGGCGGCAAGUGCCGCGCUGGCGCUGAUCACGACACGCCAAUACAAGGUACAACAGGUGCUAUGGGUAUUCUCGGUCUGGUUGGAGAGCGUGGCUAUUAUGCCACAGUUGUUUAUGCUGUCGAAGGCGGGGAAGGCAGACGCCUUGACGUCACACUACAUUUUUGCCCUGGGUUUCUACCGGGCCAUGUAUAUUCCGAACUGGAUUUGGCGCUACUACGUGGAGAACCGCUUUGACAAGGUGGCAGUUGUUGCGGGCGUGGUACAGACACUGAUCUACUCGGACUUCUUCUACAUCUACUACAGGAAGGUGAUACGUGAGGGCGCGAACUUUGAGCUUCCUGUAUAA